AUGUUGAUUUUAAAGAACGGGGGCACGGCGGUAGAUGCUGUCGAGGCUGCCAUCAAGACGCUUGAAGACCGGGAAAUCACAAACGCUGGAUACGGCAGCAACUUAGCCAUGGACGGCGUAGUUGAGUGCGAUGCGGCAAUUGUCGAUCAUCAUGGUCGUAGUGGAGCUGUCGGCGCUGUUGCUCAAAUCAAGAACCCCAUUUCCUUGGCUCGUUUGGUCCAUGAGCAUACCAUGCACUCACUGACUCUGCGGCGCGUUCCACCCAACCUACUUGUCUCCCAGGGUGCGACCGAUUUCGCUGUCGAAAUGGGCAUGCCGAUCCUGCCUCACGACGCUCUAAUCUCACCAGCCGCGAAAGAGCGUUGGCUUAGAUGGCGUGCCGACCUUAGGGUUGCUGAGCGUAAGGGCAGGAAGUCUGGCAACCACCCGUCGUGCUGGCAGGUGAGGGGCGAUGUCGCACCUGAAGAUGAGGUGGCUCAGAGAAAGAUCCGUCAACAGCACACGGAGAACCUGUUGGGGAAGACUUUUUCGGGCCGGUCACCCUCGCCAUCUCCUUCCGACGAGAACCUGUACUACACCACGGAAGAUACCUUGACCACCCCGUCGGAUCCAUCACUGCUUCCUUCCGAACGGUCAUCGGGCUCGUGGCCUGGCGCAGAUCGCAUUGCAACCCCGGACACGUCAGACCCAUCACCUGCACCUGGAGCGGUCCGCCCUCAUACCGUUGCUGAAUCUUCACGCAAUGCCCUCAUCAACAGCACACAGAAGGUACCCACCCUUGGCCAGUACAAAAACUAUCGAGGAUCCCAAAAUCCUUUCCCUGGAGAUACAGAGAUGCAAGAUAUACACAGUGGUCCUGUUCGAAUAGUACCAGACUCGGGACACAACUCGUGGGCUGAUGGCUCCGGCGAAGACUCCGACUCUGCAUUAAGCGAUGCAACCAUGAAAGCAGAGAAGCCAGAUCGACCAGCAGAGGACGCUCUCAUCACGACCUUGCCAGUGAAACCACCAGAGAAGGAACUCGUGGCGCCCUCACCUCGUCUUACAACUCCCCUGAGUCAUGUGAAAGAAACAGCACCACUUCCUCCUGCGCCAUCUGCAUCUUCCCCAAAGCAGUCUAAAUCAGAAGAGGAUCACAUUACAGACACCGUUGGGGCUAUUGCAGUGGACAGCUGGGGCAACAUCGCUUGCGGUGCCUCUUCUGGUGGCAUUGGGAUGAAGUACCGAGGACGUGUCGGUCCUGCAGCUUUGGUUGGUGUUGGUGCCGCUGUUGUUCCCACGGACCUAGACGAUCCAGAACAGGCAUGCGUAGCCACCGUUACCAGCGGGACAGGCGAGCAUAUGGCAACGACCAUGGCAGCCACUGUCUGCGCUGAACGCUUGUACCAGAGCGUCAAGAAGAACCGGGGCGGAGAGUACGUUGAAGUUUCUGAAGACGAAGCUCUCAAAGCUAUGAUUGAGAAUGAGUUCAUGGGUCAUCCCAGUGUCAAGCACAGCAACUCUGCUGGUGCGAUAGGCAUCCUCGGCCUCAAGAAGAUGAGUGGGGGCAUGCUUCUCUAUUUCGGACACAACACCGACUCUUUCGCCCUGGCAUCCAUGUCCUCAGACGAGCCAGUACCAAAGUGCACAAUGUCCCGUAGUAACGGCAAUGGCCAAAUUGCGCAGGGAGGUCGCAUGUUGCCGUUGAGGCGGAACAAGAGGUCCAAAAUAACGCAGCGCUACCGGUAA